CCCCCUCAAUCGGCCAAAAAAUAAUACAGCCAUGCAAAGCAACAACUUUACUUCUUCAAGCAGUAACAACAGUUGUUUCUUCACAUUUCACCAAUCAGUUUAACCGUCAUGUCAUUGUUCCCUAUCUUUGUCCCCCUUUACUCUUUCCAUUUCCCCUUUUCCCCUACCUUUCAAAUUAAUUUCCCCUCUUCUCUUCUCUUCUUUCUUUGAGUUUCACAGUACAAGAACUUGAAAGCAAAAUCGCUAUUUCUUGAACAUUGGGAGAUGAAAACAGGGGUAUCAAGAAGCUGGAUAUUGGUGGACAGUAAGGGGGAGAGUAGUAUCUUGGAUUUGGAUAAGUAUGCUAUUAUGAAACGAGUUCCUAUACAUGCUAGAGAUCUUCGUAUUCUUGAUCCUCUUCUUUCUUAUCCUUCUGCAAUUUUAGGCAGAGAAAAGGCUAUUGUACUCAAUUUGGAGCAUAUCAAAGCAAUUAUUACUACAGAUGAGGUAUUGCUUCGUGACCCGCUGGAUGAUAAUGUAGCUCCCGUUGUUGAAGAACUUCAAAGAAGAUUGCCAUUGCCUGCUAUUGGCUUUGGAGAAGGUGAAGAUGAUGACCAACCAGCUGUUAAUGGAACACAAAAUGAAAUGCAAACCGUUGAACCUACUGAGUUUCCAUUUGAGUUUCGAGCUUUAGAAGUAGCACUAGAAGGUGUAUGCAGUUAUCUUGACACUCAGACACGAGAAUUAGAGACCGCUGCUUACCCAGCUUUAGAUGAGCUCACCUCCAAGAUUAGUAGUCGUAACUUGGAUCGAGUGCGCAAAUUGAAGAGCGCAAUGACUAGGUUGACCAGCCGGGUUCAAAAAGUCAGGGAUGAUCUUGAACAACUUCUUGAAGAUGAUGAUGACAUGGCUGACCUUUACCUCUCAAGAAAAGUUGCCGGAGCUUCUUCCCCGCUUAGUGGCCAGGGGGCACUUUACUGGUCCCCUGAUUCUCCAAAGUUAUUGUCCAAAACAAGCAAGAUCAGUGGACUAACUCAGGAGGAGACUGAUGUUGAGGAACUUGAGAUGUUGCUUGAGGCUUACUUUGUACAAAUUGAAAGCACGAUGAACAAGUUGAGAACGUUGCGGGAAUAUAUUGAUGACACCGAGGACUAUAUCAAUAUUCAGCUGGACAAUCAUCGAAAUCAGCUGAUCCAGCUGGAGCUGUUCCUGAGUUCUGGUACAGUUUGUUUGACAGUGUACUCUUUGGUGGCUGCAAUAUUUGGAAUGAACAUUCCAUAUCCAUGGAGGAAAGACCAUGGUUAUAUUUUCAAAUGGGUGGUCAUGCUUGCUGGAAUUGCUUCUGCAUCCAUCUUCCUAUCAAUAAUUUCAUACGCUCGGCACAAGGGACUUGUUGGAUCUUGAAUUCUUGCUCACUCCUAUAUAUAUAUAUAUAUUAUACUGCACCUACAUAUCAACGUGUUCAGAUUUCUUGAUUACGACUUCAAGGGGGCCGAGGCACAACUGAAGACAAGAGUUUAAGGGUUUAAAAAAAUGUAAAAAUAUCACAGUUGAGAGUUGAACCUAUUACCUAAGACAUUUUUGUAACCUCCUUUUUCCACUGUGAUAGAAGUUAGCUAGUCUUGUAUUGAUGAGUUCAACAAUCAAAAUAUAGCAACAAAAAAAUAAAAUCAACCUGUGGACAUGUAAGUAGGGGUGGCGAUUUGAGCCUAAAUCCGCCCAACUCGCCCAGAGAUUAAUGGGUUGGGCUAUAAAUGUUUUAGCUCAUGGUCUAUUUGAGUUGA